AACAGACUCAGGCCUGGGAGUCGAUCAUGCCCCUGGACAGACUUCCCGGCUGGCUGAAUGCUGUGGCCUUUGGGCUCCUGAUUCUCCUUCUCCCUGUGCAGGGUAAGGACUCAGCCAGCCCCAUCAGAAACACACACACAGGCCUGGUCCGAGGCAGCCUCACCCAUGUGAAAAACACCAAACUCAAUGUCCACACCUUCCUGGGCAUUCCCUUUGCCAAGCCACCUGUAGGACCACUGCGCUUUGCACCUCCUGAGGCCCCUGAACCAUGGAAUGGUGUGAGGGAUGGGACCUCACAUCCAGCCAGGUGUCUACAAAAUGAUGAUAUAGUGAACUUAGAGGGUCUGAAGAAGAUAAAGCUGUUCAUGCCUCCCAUGUCCACAUCUGAGGACUGCUUGUACCUCAACAUCUACACACCAGCCCAUGCCCAUGAGGGGUCUAACCUGCCUGUGAUGGUGUGGAUCCAUGGUGGUGCUCUGGUUAUAGGCAUGGCUUCCAUGUAUGAUGGAUCCAUGCUGGCAGCCAUUGAGGAUGUGGUAGUGGUCACUAUCCAGUAUCGCCUGGGUGUCCUGGGAUUCUUCAGCACUGGAGACCAGCAUGCCAGAGGCAACUGGGGCUUCUUAGACCAAGUGGCUGCCCUGCGCUGGGUCCAGCAGAACAUCGCCCACUUUGGAGGCAACCCUAACCAGGUCACCAUUUUUGGCCAGUCUGCAGGUGGCAUCAGUGUGUCUUUUCAUGUUGUGUCCCCCAUGUCCCAAGGACUCUUCCACAGAGCCAUCAUGGAGAGUGGGGUUUCUCUGCUGCCUCUCCUUAUAUCUAACACCUCUGAGAUGGUCUCCACGACGGUGGCAAAUCUAUCUGGUUGUGAGACUUCAAACUCAGAGGCCCUGGUGCGCUGCUUAAGAGGCAAGAGUGAAGCAGAGAUUCUGGCUAUUAACAAGGUCUUCAGGAUCAUCCCUACUGUGGUGGAUGGGGAGUUCCUACCCAGACAUCCUUGGGAGCUCUUGGCCUCUUCUGACUUUCGCCCUGUCCCUUGCAUUAUUGGUGUCACAAAUGAUGAGUUUGGCUGGACUCUCCCACUGGUCUUCGGCACUUCUCAGACAAUAAAGAAAAUAACCAGAAGGACCCUGCAGCCUAUUAUGAAGAUCACAACAAAAGAGAUGAUGCUGCCUCCUGAGUGCAGUGACCUGCUACAGGAAGAGUACAUGGGGCACACUAAAGACCCCCAGACCCUCCAAAAACAGUUCACGGAGAUGGUAGGGGACUUCCUGAUCGUGAUCCCUGCACUCCAAGUAGCACAUUUUCAGCGUUCCCAUGCCCCUGUCUACUUCUAUGAGUACCAGCAUCAGGCCACCUAUCUCAGGGUUUUCAGGCCACGGCACGUAAAGGCUGACCAUGGUGAUGAAGUUUUCCUGAUCUUUGGAUCCUUCUUCUGGGGUGCUAAAUUUGACCUCACUGUGCGGGAGAAGGUGCUGAGCAGGAGGAUGAUGAAGUACUGGGCCAAUUUUGCACGAUAUGGGAACCCCAACAGCGAGGGUUUGCCCUUCUGGCCAGUGUCAAACCAAGAUGAAAAGUACCUGCUGCUGAACCUCCAGCCUUCUGUGGGCCAAACCCUGAAGGCCAAAAGGUGGCAGUUCUGGACCAAGACUCUGCCCCAGAAGAUUCAAGAGCUAAAAGGGUCUCAUGGCAAGAACCAAAAUGCAUAG